AGUAGUGAGGGAGAGAGAAUAUAGGAGGAGGAGGAAGGAGAAGAGAUAUGGGGCCUCCAGUAAUAAUUUAAUAGACCGUUACUUGAUAGAAGAGUCUAUCGAUACAAAUUGCGAUUCCGCGUGAAGACGACGAUCGGCAACCAAGACAACGUGGACGAUUAACCGGAUUCUAGCCUUUUCUUCGCUGCUGACGGAAGCUGUCGAUGACUUUCGGUUUGAUUGAUUUCAAACUUAUAACAAUUUGCUUUCGAAGAUCUGUGCUUACUCAUUGUGAUAUUCAGGAUUCCUUACUCUGAAACUGUUUUUGAGAUAUCCAACUGCGGAUUCGAUUGAUGUGAGAUGCAGAGAUCGCGUAAAGCUCUCUUGCGUAGGAGAGAUCUGGAGAAGACUAAUGAAAAGAGUCGAUUGUUUACAGUUUCCAUUUCUUUGCUGAUUGUUUUUUGGGGAAUUGUCUUCUUACUUAACAUAUGGAUCAGUUAUGGCGAUGGUUAUUAUAAUGAUGAAUCUGAAGAUUAUUUCAAGACCUACGAUAAUUUGCAAGAAGACGAAGCGGAAUUAAACAAAAGCAUUCCUGCUGAAAUCGAGCCUGAAGAGAAUCACAGCUUAAAUGUUGCAGAAACUAAUGAAACCGAGAGCACCACUGGUGAACUCUAUAUCAUGGAAAGAACUUCAAGUGGUUCCUCAUCAUCCGAGCCUGAUCAGGUUAGUCCAAAGGAUGAGCCUACAACCGAAAGGCUUUCGCGAUCAGUACCUCCCAGACUCGAUGAGUUCAAGACAAAAGCAUUUAACUCCAAGAGUAUAUUGAUAACUGAUCAGGCUGGAACCAUAGUUCACAGAAUGGAACCUGGAGGUGCAGAGUACAAUUAUGCAUCAUCUUCAAAAGGAGCAAAAGUGUUGUCUCAUAAUAAAGAAGCCAAAGGUGCAUCAAAUAUAUUAUCGAGAGACAAAGACAAGUAUCUUCGAAAUCCUUGUUCAGCCGAUGAGAAAUUUGUCGUGAUCGAGCUCUCCGAAGAAACUUUAGUGGACACGAUAGAAGUAGCCAAUUUCGAGCACCACUCUUCCACUCUGAAGGACUUCGAGUUGCUUGGAAGUUUAGUUUACCCAACCGAUUCCUGGGCAAAACUUGGAAACUAUAUCGCAGGAAAUACUAAGCAUGCUCAGAGAUUUGUUCUGGAGGAGCCGAAAUGGGUGAGAUACCUUAAGUUGAAUAUCUUGACACAUUAUGGCUCUGAAUUCUAUUGCACUCUGAGUUUUCUCGAGGUUUAUGGUGUGGAUGUGGUUGAAAAGAUGUUGGAGGAUCUGAUCUCAGUUCAGGAUAAUGUAUUCGAUGAUAAAGUGGAAGUUGUUGCUAAUACAGAGUCAGAAGAUUCGAGAAGUGAAGUCUCGGCGAUCAGCUUGCCCGACCAUCCAAUUGAGGAAGUGCGUCAACAUCAACAACACCAACACCAACCUCAACAGCAGAUGGGAAGAAUGCCUGGGGAUACAGUUCUUAAGAUACUAAUGCAAAAGGUCCGAACUUUAGACACAAGCUUCUCGGUUUUGGAGCAAUAUCUGGAGGAAUUGAACUCGAGAUAUGGGGAGAUUUUCACGGAAUUUGACCAAGCUAUGGAGGAAAAGGAUUUGGAUAUGGAGAAGAUGAGGGGAGAUGUAAAGAAGUUGCUUGAUGCAAAUAAAGUUAUGAGCAAUGACAUGGAGGACCUUGGUUCAUGGAAACGGCUGGUCUCCAUUCAAUUGGAGAGUAUUGUAAGGGAUAAUGCAGAUCUCAGAGUGGAGAUUGAGAAGGUUCGUGUAGAUGAGAUGCAUAUGCAGAAUAAGGAAAUGGUGAUAUUCUUGAUAUGUAUAGUAUUUGGUGGACUAGCCAUUUUGAUGGUAAUAAUUGAUAGUAUAAUUAGAUUAUUAUUAUUAUUAUUAUUGUUAUGUAAAUCAUCAUCAUCAUCAUCAUCAUCAAAGGGUUCCAGGAAAUUUUGUAGCUUAAGCUAUUCCUGGACAUUCUUAUUGCUGAGUUGUGCUAUCAUUGCCAUUAUCCUAUCUUUAUAAUCAAU